UGUCUUUGGUGAGGUCGGUGGGAUGUACGUCGGUAAAGGAUGAUUUAUCACAAUUGCAAUUUUUUGAAUGUCUUAAAUAAUCACUCUGAUGGAACGAUGCUGGAAUCCAAUGUAUCCAAAACAUUGCGCGAAGGCAAUGCCACCAAAAAUACCAGCUGUGGAUCCGUUUCUGUUGCUUAUCCCAUUACUAUGAUGGUAACGGGAAUGGUUGGGAAUUCUCUUGCCUUGAUGUUAGUUUAUAGUUCUUACAGGAAGAAGGAAAAUAAACGGAAAAAGUCAUUUCUGCUCUGCAUUGGUUCACUUGCGCUUACAGAUCUCUUUGGACAACUGUUAACGAGCCCUGUCGUGAUUUCAGUUUACCAGGCUGACUUGAAGUGGGAGCGCGUUGACACAUCGGGAAGUUUGUGUGCUUUCUUUGGGGUAUGCAUGACAACGUUCGGACUGUGUUCCCUUUUCCUUGCCAGUGCAAUGGCAAUCGAGAGGGCUUUAGCGAUCACUGCUCCACACUGGUAUUCCAACCAUAUGAAAACUAGUGUAACCAAACAAGUGCUGGCUGUUAUCUGGUGCCUUGUCAUAUUAUUCGCCCUGCUACCCAUUGCAGGUGUAGGGCAAUACUCUCUACAGUGGCCGGGAACCUGGUGUUUCAUCAGUACAGGGGACAGAAACAAUGCCUUUUUUGCGUCCACGUUUGCUGGCUUGGGUAUAUUUUCCCUUCUUGUAACUUUCUUCUGCAACAUGGUGACAAUACGUGCGCUUGUCAUUCGCUGUAAAAUGAAAUUAAGCUCGUCUCAGACGUCCAAGCAAUGGGAGCGCCUCACCACGGAGACCGUGAUUCAGUUGCUGGGAAUCAUGUGUGUGCUCCUGGUAUGCUGGACCCCAUUACUGAUAUUGAUGAUGAAGAUGAUUUAUACGCAGACGUCUUCGCAUUACUGCAAACCACCAGCCGGUGGCUUCUCUCCCAGUCGAGACGUGCAGAUGGACUGCAACUUCUUCCUCACCGCCAUCCGUCUAGCUUCACUUAACCAGAUACUGGACCCGUGGGUAUAUUUGCUGCUGAGGGAAGUCCUACUGCGGAAAUUUUUCCAGGUGACAAACGCAGUAUCCAACUGCUCCAUCGACAGACACAAGGAGACGCCAACAGCACUGGACGCACUAAACAAACAGACCCUUGAUGCAGAGACAGCACAGAGCCAGUGGAAAGACCAGAAGGAAUAACCUGACCUGCAAUGAAAGUCAUUAUGGUGCAUUGGUAAAUGGGCCAUUUUUUUGCCAGUGUAGCAAUCUUGUCAAACUUAUGCUGAGAUCCAGUCAUUCAGAGUAGUUGGUACUCUGGUGCUUGAUAUGAGUGUAUGCCUGGUGAGUGUUACUGUCAUAUGCAUUGACUGUGAAGGGAACUACUGCACUGGAGGUAAGAUGAGAUGACCAUACCAGCACUUGAACACUAAAACCAAACAGCAUCUUGUAAAGUUGACCUGCCAUGGUCAAUGUGUUAAAAGGGAUUUCACACAUGGUUGCUCAAUUACAAAUCUUGCAAAACAAGAGUAAUGUUGAUGCCAAACAUGAAUAGACUCUCCUUGCUCGCAGCUCUCAAGGACUUCAGCGUAUAAUGGUCAGAAGUUCAGACUUCAUGCCAACGUCAGUCAGAUUGUAAUUCAACUGGCAAUGCAUUGGGGGCCAAGCAUCCACACAGAUCUUCCUCCUCCCAGCUCAACACUGUGUUGUCUAUGUCUGUUUGUGACCUGUUUGAGUGACCUCUGCCCUCAUGUGACCCCACACACACAGCAGCUGAGCUGACUGUAGAGCAGAUGUGCCAGAGCUGGCCUGCAUCAGGGCCACAUCUGAGCCAAGCCGGGCAUGGAUCUUGCCCAGAGACAUCGGCUCUGUAGGAUUUGUCAUUCCUGACUGACUGGGUCUCUUAAGGCCAGUGGGGCUAUACGAGAAAUUUGCCAACUGAUAAUUAAUCAGCCCUAUCUGAUAUGUUCUCUUUAUGUUUUUGCACCAAAUGAUACAUAAUAAUAUGGUUUGAUGCAAAACAAUACUAGUAUAUUAUUUAUAAGCUAGUGUGAACAGAAAUGUCUUAUAAUGGCAGUAAUUUGAUUGUGGAUGUUUAAUUGCAUUUUUCUCUUGAACCAUGUUAAUUCUCAGUUAAGGAGUUGUUGACACUUCAGUACUUCAGUACAGAAUCUACUCUAACAACACCAGUACAGUGCCAUAUUACAGUGUGUGAACCUGUCUCACCCAAACAUGUAUACAACACACUACAGUGAUAUUCUAAAAAGUCUGUACGAGUAGGCUUGUAUCAAUGAGGGAAAGCUGUUACAGACUGUUAUGAGAUUUUGAGUUCAAAUUCAUGAUUGCUUUGUUUUCAGGCUGGUCGGACAUAAUUAACUCUAAGGGAUCUUACAGUGUAAAUGUUGAUAUUGCAAUGUUAGGCUUGCCAUUGCUAGGACUUUCAUUAAGAUGGCAUGAAAAUAUUACAGAUCAGUGCAUUGCAUCUUUGCAUAAUAUAUAUAUUGCUUUUUCAAUGCAGCCAAAGCAGUGAUGUUUUCAGCUUUGGCCUGAUUGUGUCUCACAGAGUGAUAAGAGAGCCCUGUGCAUUACAGUUUAAUAUGGGCUGCAAUGCCACGGUUAUUGUGCCAGGCUGGUGUUAAAUGAGUUUCCUGUCUGUGCCAUGAGGCUAAUGUCAUUUAUAACUGAACAAGGUCCUCUUCCUCCUCGUCAUCAAUCCACUUAUGCCAUGGCGGGCAGGUUGUUCAGUCAGAGCAGAUAUCUUAGCUCUGUGAAUGUAUCUUGUUAAAGCUGACUUAAGGAACCACCUCACUGCCUUAACGCUCUGUCUCUCUGUGUUGGGCUGUCCUGUGCCCUUGACUGUUAGAGCAGAGAGAAAUGAGACUCACAUUUACAAAUCGCUCAUGUGGCGUCAUAUUUAUGAUUUUGAAAUGAAUAAAGAUUGCUGUGCGGUGCGUAGCCAUCAUUAUCAGUUUACAUGCUUAAUACCCAGAGCCUAUAAAUAGUCAUCCUACUGAAUUUAUAAAGGAACAUUUCCGCAAUAACAAAGGUAUUUAUGUAAUCUGGGGGUUUUAUUCAUGCACUUUUCCCAUACUUUUUUAGUAGCAGUUUUUUUUAUACUACGAGAGGGUGUUGAGGAUAAUGAUUUGCAAAUAGAUGUAAUGAUGCUGUUAUAGAUUUGCACAUCGCAAUCCUGGCAUUUAGGAUUGAAAUGAGCAUAUUAUUGAAAGCAUCACCAGUUGGUUUAUGACAGCACUGGGUGUCAUUUUGGCUGAGCUAAUUAUAACAGAAGAGGGCAGGAAGAGUAAGUAUCCUGUUGAAAGUAUUGAGAUGGCAGAAUGUGUAGUACCGUUUGAAUCACUCACUGACUGACCUUUGUUUUAAUGAGGGUGCAGGGAACCCAACAAGAAAGAAAGUUUUGUGUGUGUGUGUGUGUGUGUGUGUGUGUGUGUGUG